UGUUUUAUAACUUUUUUAAAAGUAGUGCAUUAAAAUCAUAUCAUGUAGUUAUGAGUAUUUUAGUUCAAGUAAUUCGUCUAGCUAAACUCGAACCAGUCGUGGUGCUUCAUCAUAAUCGACAAAGAUUCUUUAACCAGUGGAGUUCGUCUUCUCAAUCAUAUGCAACUCUGGCAUCCAAAAUGAAAAAAGAGAAACAAAAGAACGCUGCAGCCAAUAGUGGUGGUGAUGCCUCUGCCAAAAAAGUCAAGGAGCUAAAUCCAUGGCCGGCAUACAUCGAAGAGAGAAAUGUAUUCUGGGAAAAAUGCAAGAAAGAAUACGCCGAUGAACUUGCUGCCAAACCUAGAAUUCCAAUUAAAGUAACCCUUCCCGAUGGCAAAGAAGUCGACGCCAAAGCUUGGGAAACUUCACCCUACGAAGUAGCCAAGGGAAUCUCUCAAGGUUUGGCCGAUAACACUGUGAUUGCCAAAGUAAAUGGUGUCCUUUGGGAUCUAGAUCGUGUUUUGGAAGGCGAUUGUACAUUGCAAUUGCUUAAGUUUGAUGAUCCAGAAGCCCAGGCGGUAUUCUGGCAUAGUUCAGCUCACAUGGUCGGAGAAGCCAUGGAACGGGUGUAUGGUGGACAUUUGUGUUAUGGGCCACCAAUCGCCGAUGGCUUCUACUAUGACAUGUUCAUUGAAGGCGAUGGCAUCUCCACCAACGAUUAUCCUGUGAUGGAGAACAUAGUCAAGCAGAUUGCCAAGGAGAAGCAACCUUUCGAACGUUUGGAGAUGAAAAAAUCCGAUUUGUUGGAGAUGUUCAAGUACAAUGAGUUUAAGGUGAGAAUUUUGAAUGAAAAAGUUGAUACAGAAACUACGACAGUAUACAAAUGCGGGCCAUUGAUUGACUUGUGUCGCGGUCCACAUGUUCGUCACACGGGCAAGGUAAAGGCAUUGAAGAUUACAAAGAACUCGUCCACUUAUUGGGAGGGUAAAGCCGAUGCAGAGACAUUGCAACGAGUUUAUGGUAUUUCAUUCCCCGACACAAAACAACUCAAAGAAUGGGAGAAGCUUCAAGAGGAAGCAGCUAAGCGAGAUCAUAGGAAAAUUGGUCGUGAACAGGAAUUGUUCUUUUUCCACGAACUCUCGCCUGGGUCGUGCUUUUUCCAGCCCCGAGGGGCCCAUAUCUACAAUACUCUGAUGAACCUUAUCAAAAAAGAGUACAGAAAGCGAGGCUUUCAAGAGGUGAUCUCUCCAAAUAUUUACAAUUCAAAAUUGUGGCAGGUUUCUGGCCAUUGGCAGCAUUAUGCUGAGAAUAUGUUCUCUUUCGAAUCAGAGAAGGAAACUUUCGCAUUGAAGCCGAUGAAUUGUCCUGGACAUUGUUUGAUUUUUGAUACCAGAAAUCGCUCGUGGAGGGAGUUGCCUCUGAGAAUGGCAGACUUUGGCGUAUUGCAUCGUAAUGAGUUGUCUGGAGCUCUGACGGGAUUGACUCGUGUACGUCGUUUCCAACAGGACGAUGCGCAUAUUUUCUGUGCUCCAGAGCAGAUUAAGAGUGAAAUGAAGGGAGCUCUAGAUUUCCUUCGUAGCAUUUAUACCAUUUUUGGAUUCUCAUUCAAUUUGGUUCUGUCCACACGGCCAGAGAAGUAUUUGGGAGAAUUGGAACAAUGGAAUGAAGCUGAAAAGGCUUUGGCAGAGUCUUUGGAUGAAUUUGGUUUGCCAUGGAAAGAGAAUCCUGGCGAUGGAGCAUUCUAUGGACCAAAGAUUGACAUUACUAUUCAUGAUGCUUUGAAGAGGGCACAUCAGUGUGCAACAAUUCAAUUGGAUUUCCAACUGCCAAUUCGAUUUAAUUUGAAUUAUGUCUCUGAAUCGGGUGAAAAGAAACGUCCAGUUAUUAUUCAUCGAGCUAUUCUGGGUUCAGUUGAAAGAAUGAUUGCUAUUCUUACAGAGAAUUAUGCUGGUAAAUGGCCAUUCUGGUUGUCACCUAGACAAGUAAUGGUUGUUCCAGUUGGUCCACAAUUUGAUGAAUAUGCUCAAUCGGUUAAAGAUCAAUUACAUGAUGCUGGAUUUAUGGCUGAAGCUGAUUUAGAUGCUGGUGAUACAAUGAAUAAGAAGAUUCGUAAUGCUCAGUUGGCUCAAUUUAAUUUUAUUUUGGUUGUGGGAGAGAAGGAACGUUCGUCGGGAACAGCAAAUGUACGUACUCGGGAUAAUAAAGUUCAUGGAGAGUGCUCUAUUGCUGAUUUGAUGGUUAAAUUGAAUAAGAUGAGAGAUGAAUUCAUUCUCAAUGAGGAUAGUUUUUAAAAAAAUUGGUCACAAAAAUAAAAAAAACAUUGUUACACAUACAUAUUAUUUAUGAUAUAUGAAAAAUAAUAUUCUUAAUAAAUUAUUGUCAAGCUUCAUUUUGGUCAGUGGUGGCUAAAUACAUUGGAAAA